GCAGAACUCUCAGGUUCGUGUUUAAAUUCAACUCCUUCGACAGCUUUUACGAGACGCCUGUAACAUUUGUAGACUUUGGAGCGAAGUCACGGGAUUAAACAUCAACAUAUAGGUUAUACCAUAUCAUAUAUAUGUAUAUACAUGUAUACAGUUUCGCUGCCUCUCGCUCCCUCUGGACACUUGGACACUCCUUCAUUUUUGUUCGCUGGAUGUGGACCGAGUUCAGUCGGCAUCCCAGCAGACAUUCCCUGGUGGUUUGUGUAUAGAAUAUGGCAACUGCUCUUAGUGGCCGAAACCCCAAAGGACGUGGACCGAACCGAAGUAAGGGUCGGAUUUUAGGCAUCAUUGAUGCCAUCCAGGAUGCAGUGGGGCCACCGAAACAAGCAGCUGCUGACCGGCGGACUGUGGAGAAAACCUGGAAACUCAUGGAUAAAGUUGUUCGCCUCUGCCAAAAUCCCAGACUUCAGCUGAAAAACAGUCCACCAUACAUCCUGGAUAUAUUACCGGACGCCUACCAGCACCUGCGGCUUACACUGAGCAAAUAUGAAGAAAACCAGAGACUCACACAACUCAGUGAGAAUGAGUACUUUAAAAUCUACAUCGAUAGCCUCAUGAGGAAAUCCAAACGAGCCAUCCGGCUCUUCAAAGAGGGAAAGGAAAGGAUGUAUGAGGAACAGUCACAGGACAGGAGGAACCUUACCAAACUGUCUCUGAUUUUCAGUCACAUGUUGGCUGAAAUCAAAGCCAUCUUUCCUGGAGGACACUUCCAGGGCAACACUUUUAGGAUUACGAAAGCUGAUGCGUCUGAGUUCUGGAGGACAUUUUUUGGAGAUAAGACAAUAGUGUCAUGGAAAGUCUUCCGACAGUGCCUUCACGAAGUGCAUCCCAUCAGCUCGGGCUUGGAGGCCAUGGCCCUCAAAUCCACCAUCGACCUUACCUGCAACGACUACAUUUCUGUGUUUGAGUUUGACAUUUUUACACGCCUUUUUCAGCCGUGGGGAUCAAUUCUGAGGAACUGGAAUUUCCUGGCAGUGACACACCCCGGCUACAUGGCUUUUCUGACCUAUGAUGAAGUCAAGGCCCGACUGCACAAGUACAUUGACAAGCCUGGCAGUUACAUCUUCAGACUGAGUUGUACGAGGCUGGGCCAGUGGGCCAUCGGCUAUGUGACCAAUGACACCAACAUACUGCAGACCAUCCCCCACAACAAACCAUUGUUCCAGGCCCUCAUUGAUGGCUACAGGGAGGGCUUCUACUUGUUUCCUGAUGGUCGCAGUUACAAUCCUGACCUCACUGGUUUAUGUGAACCAACGCCUCAUGAUCACAUCAAAGUGACUCAAGAGCAGUAUGAGCUGUACUGUGAGAUGGGCUCCACCUUCCAGCUUUGUAAGAUCUGCGCUGAGAACGACAAAGACGUCAAGAUCGAACCCUGCGGUCACCUUAUGUGUACUUUCUGUCUAACAGCCUGGCAGGAAUCGGAUGGUCAGGGUUGUCCGUUCUGUCGUUGUGAGAUCAAAGGCACAGAGCCUAUCAUUGUGGAUCCCUUUGACCCACGCAAUGAUGGCAACAGGUGCUUUUUCCUGGACCAGCACAGCUGCCCAAUGCUGGAGCUGGACGAUGAGGAAGACAAAGAAGACUGCCUGGUCAUGAAUGGACUGGCCAACAUCAGGAAGCAUUGUGCAGAGCGCCAGAACUCGCCCAUGGUGUCUCCCAGCUCUUCACCUGUCAACCAACACAGAAAGGUACACGGAGGAGACAUCAGCCACUGUGUCCUGCACCUCGGACUUCCCCCUGUCCCACCACGACUCGACCUCAUUCAGAAGGGCGCCAUCCGCUCCCCUUCUGUCAGUCCCACCGUCUCCCCGAAGUCUUCGCCAGGAAUGUCCAGGAAGCAGGACAAGCCUCUCCCAGCCCCACCUCCUCCACAGAGGAACCCACCUCCACCCCCUCCUCCUGAGCGUCCUCCGCCCAUCCCCCCAGAGUCCCGUCACUCUUGGCUCCCCGCGUCCUCUCCCUUGACAUCUUCCAUCUCAUUUUCUACGGGCACGGUGGCAGACUCCGAAAUGCCACCUAAGACACGGUGUUCCAAAGAAAGUCACUCUGCAGAUACCCACAGGACCGGAUCAGAGCACCCGUUCCAGCUGGAGACCACAGGCCACUCUCACCUGAACGGAAGACCACUCAGUUUCCCGUCUGCUGGAUUUGGGAGGUUACAUCACAGAAUGGAGAUGACAGGAACUUCAGAGAGCCCCAAGCCUUUUUCUAAUGGUGUUCAAGUCAGCGACGAUUAUGAUAUCCUUCCCUCACGGCACUCGCCAAAGCAGUCCACGCUUGCCAGUAGCCAUAAACCCUCCAACCCUUUCAGCAACCCUAUGGGAGAACGACAGCGGGGAGUGAUGGAGAGAAUGGAGGAUGACUAUCAGAUCCCUUCAUCCAACCUCUGCUUGAGCCAGGCUCCCAUCAGCAUCUCUGUACCCAGCAGGUAGUACCUGCUGGGUACAUCUUUCAAUGUUUUAAAGCUGCUAUGGCACUCUGAGAACGGCUCUCCAGAGCCCUCCAUUGACGAGAAGCCCCUGGAGCCUGGCGGACACUCUGAGUCGGUCAGGGGGUUGGU